AGACACAGAGAGAGAGAGAGAGAGAAGCAGAUAGGGAAGGCUGGCUCCCGCACGGACUGAGAGAGCUCUGGCUGUUUGAGCUCGGGGUCCAAAGCUCCGGGGCUCGCCCAAGCGACCGGGCGCCUCGGAGGGUCAGCGGCGGAGGCUGGACGAGCCGUAGCCAGAGAGGCAGAGGCGCAGACAAAGGCGCCGCUGCCGCCGCUGCCGCCGCCGCCGCCGCGGGCGGCUCGCUACCUCUCCUGCGGGAGCGAACCUGAGCAGCGAUCGGGUGGCUCUCUGGGUUUAGAGAGCUGUCUGAGAUCCCUAAGAAGUUGAGUGACAUGCCCAGGGUCACACAGCCAAUCUGAGACAGAACUUGAACCCAGGUCAUCCUGACUUUGAGGAUGCCACUUACUGGAUAGUGGGCCAGCCAUGGAGUUAGGAAGACUUGGGAUCAAGCAUUACCUUUGACAUGCACUAGUUAUGCAACCUUGGCAGUCUGCUGAAUCUUCUGGGCUCUCAUCAAGUAACGGGAAUGGUGUUUUUCACAUAGGAAUAUGUUCAGAGAACAUGGUCCUGAUCGUUACCAAACACAGAAUUCUCUCUUAAAUCUAAUCUCCCUCAAGGAGAAGAGCUGUGAACAGGCAACAGAGUUACCCAGACUGCCCACUCUAUCUUUACCAGCAACCCCACACGUGAGCAGUGUUUGAACCCGUUCAACGGAUCAAAUAGCAUUUGGGCUGAUUAACAAAAGACAUGCAAGUGGGAAGGUGUCAGCAGCCAGAGUGUGGAAAUUUACCCAAGGUUGCUACUCCGGGGAGGCUCAGUCUGAAAGAUGCUGCAGUGAGGAGAGUCUUGGAUCUAAUUGGAAAUGGGAUUGGGAACCAGGCAGAGAGCGGUGAGCAUGAAGAGGUGAGAGAUAGUGCUGUCCAAACUGCUCCUGUCUGAAGCUGUGGAAAGGCAGCUGAAUGUCUCAGGAUCUGCCCAGCAUUUGGUCCAUGAGCUCCAGUGUGAACUCAAAAGUCUGGCCUUUCUCCAGAAUUCUCCGGUGAUGUCAAUCUGCCUGCUUUGAAUUUGGACACUUGGGUAGAAGCCCCGAGAUCUAGAUAUGCCAGUCAAUCCCUUGGAUUUUCAGGAUAUGAGAAGAAGCCACUGAGCAACUGAAGGCUGGAUUACCAUUAAACUUUUGAAAACCUAAAAUCCUAAGGGCCAGGUAUCACCAAAACAGUCCUGAAUUACAGGAAAGAGGACCCUCUCCACUGGAAAUCUUAAUUUGUAAUUAACAGAUGAUUUAAAAGGGGACUCUUUCUGAAGCUCUUACUUUCAGGACCAGAGUUCAAGAGACCCUAGCUAAAUGAUGGUGAGCUCUUUGGAUGGGUGUUCAAAUACACUGGUACUUUCCAUUUCAAAGGAUUUUGAACCACUUGGACACAAAGAGUGCUAAGGGUGAGUAAACAUCUUCUUGAUUUUACUUGACACUCUCUUCCCUGGUUCCGGCAGUAGCACACAUAGCCCUGUUGUGUCUGGGCAUUGGGAGGUCAACAAGUCACCACAACAGACCCUUCCUCCAGAUGCUUGAUUUGAUGGGAUGAGCAGUGGUAGUGGAGACACUGACUUGGGCUUGGCCUCCCUCCUCUCUCCCGCAGGUAGCCCCACCACACUGAGCCAAUGAUGGCCGAGAAGGGUGACUGCAUCGCCAACAUGUAUGGCUAUGACCUCGGCGGCCGCUUUGUCGACUUCCGACCCCUGGGAUUCGGUGUCAAUGGCCUAGUGCUUUCGGCCACAGACAGCCAGGCCUGCCGGAAGGUGGCGGUGAAAAAGAUUGCCAUGAGCGAUGCCCAGAGCAUGAAGCAUGCGCUACGGGAAAUUAAGAUCAUCCGCCGCCUGGACCAUGACAACAUUGUAAAAGUGUAUGAGGUCCUAGGACCCAAGGGAGCUGACCUUCAGGGGGAGCUUUUUAAGUUCAACAUGGCCUACAUUGUCCAGGAGUACAUGGAAACGGACUUAGCUCGCCUGCUGGAGCAGGGCACACUGGCUGAGGAGCAUGCCAAACUGUUCAUGUACCAGCUGCUUCGUGGGCUCAAGUACAUCCACUCAGCCAACGUGUUACACCGGGACCUGAAACCGGCCAACAUCUUCAUCAGCACAGAAGACCUUGUGCUAAAGAUUGGUGACUUCGGAUUGGCGAGAAUUGUAGAUCAGCAUUAUUCUCACAAGGGUUACCUUUCGGAAGGGCUGGUCACAAAAUGGUAUCGAUCUCCACGCUUGCUCCUCUCUCCCAACAACUACACUAAAGCCAUCGACAUGUGGGCAGCUGGCUGCAUCUUGGCUGAAAUGCUCACAGGGAAGAUGCUGUUUGCUGGGGGUCAUGAGUUGGAACAGAUGCAGCUUAUCCUGGAGACGAUUCCCGUAAUCCGGGAGGAAGACAAAGAUGAGCUGCUCAGAGUGAUGCCCUCCUUCAUCAACAGCACCUGGGAAGUGAAAAAGCCACUGAGAAAGCUGCUCCCAGAAGUCAACAGUGAAGCUGUUGACUUCCUGGAGAAGAUCCUGACCUUCAACCCCAUGGACCGAUUAACAGCGGAGAUGGGCCUGCAGCACCCCUACAUGAGCCCAUACUCCUGCCCAGAGGAUGAGCCUACCUCCCAGCAGCCCUUCCGAAUUGAGGAUGAAAUUGAUGACAUCUUGCUGAUGGCGGCCAACCAGAGCCAGCUCUCCACCUGGGACAGGUAUCAAGUCAGUCUGUCCUCUGAUCUGGAAUGGAGGCAGGACAGAUACCUCGACACAAGUGAGGUACAACGGGAUCCCCGCGCAGGCUCAGAGUCGAUCGUGGAAGAGGUGCAAGUGGAUCCGCGGAAGUACUCCCAAAGUAGCUCUGAGCGGUUCCUGGAGCAGUCUCACUCGUCCAUGGACCGGGUGUUUGACUCUGACUGCGGGCGGUCCUGUGACUAUAAGGUGGGCUCCCCAUCCUACCUGGACAAGUUACUGUGGAGGGACAACAAGCCCCAUCACUACUCCGAGCCUAAGCUCAUCUUAGACCUGUCCCAUUGGAAAAAGACAGCCAUCGCUCCAGCCACUGAGCUCUCCCUGGAGGAGGAGCCAUCCAACCUCUUCCUGGAGAUCGCGCAAUGGGUGAAGAGCACACAGAGUGGCCUCGAGUGCCCCAGCCCGCUCCCUGAGAUCCAGGAACGGAGCCUGCCCUCUUCACCGCAGCACCGCAAGGACCCCAAGGAGGGCAACAAUGGGGCCGACCCCCAAUUCGACCUGGACGUCUUCAUUUCCAGAGCCCUGAAACUCUGUACCAAGCCGGAGGACCUGCCGGACAACAAGCUCGGCGAGAUUAAUGGGGCGUGUAUCACGGAGCACCCCAGUGACAUGGUACAGACUGAACCCUAUCCAAAGGAGAGGUGGUGAAGUUGAGGGGGUUGCCCUUCAUGAACUUUGCCCUUCUCCUCGGCUGGCUGGGCCACAACCCUGUGGCAUUGCAAACCCAGGCAAGGGAAAAAAACGGGCCACCCUGGUUCCUGGCAUGUCAGUCCUUUCCAAGAGAGGGUGGAUGGCCUACCCUAUGCUUUUUAAUCAAAGACAAACAGCCCCCAGCCUCUUUUCUGAUGCCUUGGGGUUCAUAGGAUCCUUAAGGGAAUCAGGAAACACAAGUGAAAUAUUGAAUCUAUUAAAUUGCCUUAAUGAUUGCGCCUUUUAACCUCUGGAAUCUGUUUUGAAUAUAAGUCUAGGGUAAUAAGCCUUCUGUACAGAACACUGGGCUGAUCAGUUUAUGAACAAAUUCUUGGGGGUGAGGGCUUUGGGAGAAGAAAGAUGGGAGGGGGGGAAGAGAGAGGCUUUAGUAGCCAUGGGAACAAGGAAGCUUCCCAAGGAGGAGCAGACCCUGCCUGGUUCAUGAGGGAUGUGAUCCACAAACUCAAAGAAUGUCAGAACCCAAAGAGACAUUUGAAAUUAUCUAGUCCAAUCCCCUCCUUUGACAGAUGAGGAAACCGAGAUCCAGAAAUAGAAGGUGACUUCCCCAGGGUCAUAGAGUGAGGUGGUGGCAGAGGAGUUGUAGAACUCAGGCCUCCUGACGCCCAGAUUUGCUCUUCAUGCCAUCUCCUUUGCCAUGGAAAUGCUUUCUCUUUAGAGUCUAAGGGAAACCAAAGUCCAAGGGAUUUCUUCCUCCAUGGAUCUCUCCUUGGGGGUCUCUCCUUGAUAAUCAAGACCAGGCAUAUCCUAUAGUUCUUCUAACACAAAGCUAUUUUCAUUCACCACCUUGGGCCAGAUACUGAAGCCUCCUGGGCUUCAAAUCCAGACAAGCUGGAGGUCACUGCAUUAAAAAAAAUAUACAAUCUUCUGAUCUCCAUUUCCUCUCAAUGAGAAGUGGCUCAUUUUGUGGUGAAAUAGUCCACAAGACAGGGAACCAGGUAGAAGCCACUGAGUUAUUCCUAAGUGAUUACUGAACCUAAGGUACAGUCAUUGACGGAUGUUCCUAAGGCCAGAUUCUUCAAUCUUUACACACACACACACACACACACACACACACACACACACAGCCCUAUGCAUAAACGGAAGAGGUAGGCAAUUAUGGGGGUGUGAUAUGAUAAGAUGUGUCAAAAGCGUCUUGCCCAACCCCUAAGUCUCUCUCCCUCUGGCCCAUAGUGGGCCUAAUACCCCACUGUAAUAGUUAUUCCUUUGGUUUGAAGGCCUCCUUUUAAAAUGCAGACUUGUGACCAAGAAAGGUAACACAGUAAGCCAUUAUCAUUCAUUAAUACCCCAUCCUGAAUUAGUGCAUGGGACUAACUGAUCAGAGGGCAAGAUCUUGAAGGCAGUAGGAUGCAGGACAAGCACCUUUUCUGAUAGUGAGUCAGGAGGGGUAUGAAGGAUGGGGGCACUGCCCAGGAAGGGCAACACAACUGGGCACCCAGUGGACACUGGUAUAAAGGUACCCACAGAGACAUUGUCAUCCUUUACAAUUUUCCUUGGGUAUCUAUGUACCAAAUAACUUCUACCUAGAUGCAUAUGUGUAUGAGAGUGAGCACACACAUACACACACACCUUAUUGGUCUGUGGGUUUGUUUAAGAUCUUGUGACCCUAUGAAGAUACAGGUCCUUGCCUUACCCUGUCCCUCAGCCUGCCCCCACCCACAGACCAUGGUGGCAGCCCCGUUGUCCAAUCAGCUAGCAGUUGGCAUUCCAGUCUCUUCCCCUACUAGUAAAAUCUUUCAGGGGAAAGCUAGAAAACAUGUAAACAGAUGAUUAAACCCUAGGAUUUGAAAGUAGCCUUGGGGUUCACCUAUACUUCUGAGCACCUUAAAUGAUUAACCUGCUAAUGAUCAUUUGUACAUGGAAACAAACAAUACAUUCUAGGCUUAUAUUUAAAAAAAGAAUUAUUCAAACUGACCAAAACUUUUUUUAAUGGAGAAUGUGUAAAUAGAAACUGUUCAAGAAAAGAAACUUUAUCCACUGUGCCAUCUUGUCCUGUGUGGGGGGAGAGGGGGGAUAGGAGAAAAUCACUCUUUUUGGUAAAAGAAAAAGCUGCUGUUCUUGACCCUGCGGUUCAUAUAUCACUGUUGUACCAGAGUUAUUGUUAUUGCUCCCCAUGUAAAAAAAUCUAUUAAAUGUUAUUAAACAU